AUGCCAUCUUACACGGUGACUAUUGCCACGGGGAACCAGUGGUUUGCAGGAACCGAUGACUAUGUCUACAUCACACUGGUGGGCACGGAGCAGUGCAGCGAGAGAACGCUGCUGGACAAGCCUCUGUACAACGACUUUGAGAGAGGGGCAGUUGACUCUUACGACGUGAGGGUUGGGGAAGACUUGGGCGACAUUAUGCUGGUGAAGAUUGAGAAGAAGAAAUACUGGAUGCAGGACGACUGGUACUGCAAGUACAUCACCGUCAAAACCCCAACUGGAGAAUAUGUGGAAUUUCCCUGCUUCCGCUGGCUGGUGGGUGACAAGGAGGUGGUGCUGCGGGAUGGACGAGCAUUUCUGCCUCAGGACGAUAAAACCAGCCUGGUGAAGCAGCACAGACAGAAAGAGCUGGAUCAGAGGAGAAAAACCUUCAGGUGGAAGGAGUGGCUGCCGGGCUUUCCCAUGAGCAUCGAUGCCAACAGGCACAAGGAUCUGCCCCGAGACAUCCAGUUUGACAGCGAGAAGGGAGUGGACUUCGUACUCAACUACAGCAAGGCAAUAGAAAACCUGUGUGUGAAUCGGUUCAUGAACAUGUUCCAGUCUUCCUGGAGUGACUUCGCUGACUUUGAAAAAAUCUUUGUGAGAAUCAAAAACACAAUCUCAGAGUACGUGAUGCAACACUGGAGAGAGGACUUCAUGUUUGGGUAUCAGUUUCUAAACGGCUGCAACCCCGUGUUGAUCAGGAAGUGCACCAAACUCCCCGACAAGUUUCCCGUCACACAUGAGAUGGCCUCCGUCAGCAUGGAGCGGGAGCUGACCCUGGAGCAGGAAAUUGAGGCGGGUAAUAUUUACAUCGUAGACUAUGAGAUACUGGAGGGCAUUAGUCCAAACUGUACCGACCCGUCCACACUCCAGUACCUGGCAGCUCCCAUCUGUCUGCUAUACAAGAAUGCACAAAACAAGAUCUUACCUAUAGCUAUACAGCUUGGCCAAAAUCCAGAUGAGAACCCAAUAUUCCUUCCUACUGAUGGUCAGUAUGACUGGCUCCUGGCGAAGAUCUGGGUCCGAUCAGCUGAUUUUCAGUACCACCAGACCAUCACACACCUGCUCAGGACACAUCUGAUGACAGAGGUGUUCGGUAUUGCCUUGUACAGACAGCUUCCUGCUGUUCACCCCGUAUUUAAGCUUCUCAUUCCACACAUUCGUUUCACCAUCGCCAUCAACACCAAGGCCAGAGAGCAGCUCAUCUGUGAGUGUGGACUCUUUGACAAGGCAAAUGCAACAGGUGGAGGUGGACACGUCGAGCUGGUCCAGAAGGCCAUGAAGUCCCUGACCUUCAGGUCUCUCUGCUUCCCUGAUAUGAUCCAAAGCCAUGGCAUGGACAACCAGGAGGACCUGCCCACCUACUUCUACAGGGACGAUGGCUACAGGGUGUGGGAAACCACCAAGAGCUUCGUCUCCGACGUGGUGAAUAUUUACUACACCGGCGAUGAAAGAGUGAAGGACGACGAGGAAAUCCAGGCCUUUGUAAAAGACGUUUGCAGCUUCGGUAUGCAGGAUUUUGAUUAUUGUGAGUUUCCAAAGUCUGUGAAAUCACGUGACGAGCUGACAGAGUACCUGACCGUUGUUAUAUUUACUGCUUCAGCCCAGCACGCCGCCGUGAACUUCGGCCAGUACGACUGGUGUUCCUGGAUACCCAACGCUCCGUCCACCAUGAGGAAACCCCCGCCACAGGAAAAGGGAUUGGCAAAUGUGCAAAUGAUUAUCGAGAGCCUCCCUGACCGUGGGCGCUCCAGCUGGCACCUGGGGGCCGUGUGGGCCCUCAGCCAGUACCAAGAAAAUGAGCUGUACCUGGGCAUGUACCCCGAUGAGUACUUCAUAGAGAAACCAGUCAAGGCAGCCAUGGAGAAAUUCAGGAAGCAGCUGGCCGAGAUAAGCAGCUCCAUUAAGAGGAGGAACGAGGGGAAGAAGCUGCCGUACUACAACAUGUCUCCAGAUAAAAUCCCAAACAGUGUCGCUGUUUGA